UUGUCGUGUUUACUGUGGCUAACUUGACGUUGCAGCAGUAAGCACCUAGCAUACUGGCUAUAUGUGUAAACCUGGUUAAUGGCACUUUUAAACUUAAUUUUUGACUGCUUUUGCGAUUACUUUGCUCGCUAGUAUGACAACUCAGAGGAACGACAAUACCUCUUGAGUCGAUGAAUUGUCGUGUCAAGAUUAAUUGAUUUUUUUAAAUUUAGUUUUUUCGCGUGGACAUCACCUCUGCCUGGAGGAAAUACAACUGGCUAGCUCCAGCCUGUAGUGCCAGAGGGGAUGGAUCCUCUGGGUGCUCGCUCUCAGUUUGUGGACAUCCAAACGCUCUCGACGUGGCAGCAGCAGCUCGGGGAGGAUGGUGAGGAGACGCCGCUGGACCAGAGCGACAGCCUGCUCAGCCAGCAAGCCUUCCCCUCGCCCUUCCCCUUCAGGCCAGACAUCAACCGCAAGAUCAUCCUCUUCACUGGUGAUGUUGCCUUGCUGAACUGCACCUCCAUCGUGAACACCAGCAACGAGUCGCUAAACGACAAGAACCCGGUGUCUGACAGCAUCCAUCAGCUGGCAGGGCCUGAGCUGCGAGACGAACUGCUCAAACUCAAAGGAUGUCGGACAGGGGAGGCGAAGCUGACCAAAGGCUUCAACCUGGCAGCGAGGUUCAUCAUCCACACAGUGGGACCAAAAUACAAAACCAAGUACAAGACGGCGGCGGAGAGCUCACUGUACAGCUGCUACAGGAACAUCAUGCAGCUGGCCGCAGAGCAGUCGAUGGCGUCUGUUGGCCUCUGUGUGGUUAGCACAACCAAAAGAGGUUACCCACUGGAGGAUGCUACGCACAUCGCUUUCAGAACAGUGCGCAGGUUCCUGGAGAAUCAUGGAAACAGCAUAGAGGCGGUGGUGUUCACAGUGACAGACACAGAAGAGACGGUGUACAAGAAGUUACUGCCUCUGUACUACCCUCGCUCUGAGGAAGAGGAGAGGGCCUGCCUGCCUCUCAUUCCAGCUGACAUUGGCAACUCUGAGGGUGAACCCGUUGUCCCAGAGAGACAGAUCCGCAUCGCCGAGAAACCAGGCACCCUGGAAGAUGAUUCUGAAGAGGAGAGUCUGGAGUCAGAUCUGGGUCAGGUGGGGAAUCACGCUUUCGCCCGGAUGGAGGGUGAUGUGGACAAACAGCGGAAACAGAUCCUACAGGGCCAGUUGUCAGAUGUGGCCAUGCAGAAACAACACCAGAGGAAUUACAAUCGCUGGCUGUGUCGGGCGAGAGCAGAGGAUCUGUCAGACAUCGCUGCACUGAAAGCCUUAUAUCAAACUGGUGUGGAUAUGUGUGGCAGGACAGUAAUGGUUUUGGUUGGACGAAACAUCCCAGUGACCCUUAUCGACAUCGAAAAGGCCCUGCUGUACUUCAUCCAUGUGAUGGACCACAUCACAGUGAAGGAAUAUGUGAUGGUUUACUUCCACACACUGACCGGCGAGCACAACCACCUGGACUCCGACUUCCUCAAGAACCUCUACGACAUUGUUGACGCCAAGUUUAAAAAGAAUUUAAAGGCCUUCUACUUUGUACAUCCAACAUUUCGCUCCAAGGUCUCAACGUGGUUCUUCACCACCUUCAGUGUUUCAGGGAUGAAGGACAAGGUUCGCUACCUGGACAACCUGCAGCAGCUUUUCACCUGCAUCAAACCUGAGCAGAUCGACAUCCCUCCGUUUGUCCUGGAGUAUGACACACGGGUGAAUGGACCCUACCUUCCCUCCCAGUCUUUCAGUCUGUGACAGGAGACCAAUCAGACCUCCCUGCCGGGUUGAUGAGGUAGUGUCGGCCUAUCAAAUGGACAUUGUGUUGCCCGUAUGGUCUGAACGCCUAACCUCCUCUUAAGGCUGUGAACCAUAAUGAGGAAACUCUCCUUUUGUUUUGUCCCUGCCAAAAGGACAAAAUUAACAGUCGCAGCCCACAUUUAGCAGCACGUGGCCUGGUGAACAGACAUUUCUCACUCACCACAGACUAUUUGUGGAUCUGGUAUGGUUUCUGGAUUAUGCCUUACACCAAGAGUUCUUAUUCAGCAGUUUCCUCAAACAUCCCUAAAUAUGAAGUAUCAUGUCAAGACUGACAGUUGCUCAAGGCCUUUUCCAAUGUGUGGUCAUACCAGACGUACUCGCCCAUGUCUCAGAAUAUUGUCAGACUUUUCAAACGCUGGAGUAAUACAGGGGAAGAUGACAUCUGUUUUUUUUUUUUUUGUUUUUUUUUCUGUACCGUGCCAUGCAAGAUGGCAGAAACUCUCGGUAAAGUAAAGACUAAUGCUACGUUUCACUGAGGCGGAAGUUGGAAAUUCCCACCCGGUACGAUGUAAAAACGACCUCUGCGUUCUCCUGCAGUCACAAUCGGAAAACUCCAGGGGAGAAAAAUCAACGCCUGGGAGAUUUUCUUGGAUAGACAAACACUGCUCCUAGUGCAACAGCUAACGUCAUUGUAUGUUAGCUAGCUAGCUAGGUAGCAUAGAACAUUAACUUUAUAGAACAUUAACUUUAUAUCACAAAGUUAUGUUUAUCCAUUUAGCAAUUUAGGGAUUAAGGGAAUAGUUCGACAUUUUGGAAAAUACGCUUAUUUGCUUUCUUGCCAUGAGUUAGAUGAGAAGAUCGAUACCACUCUCAUAUUUGUACACUAAAUAUGAAGCUACAGCCAGGGGACGGUUAGCUUAGUUUAGCAUAAAGACUGGAAGCAACAGAAACAGCCCCUGAAAAACCACAACUUGUAAUUUUUACACUUGGGUUUUUGUACAGAUUACACAUACAAGAUAUAGCGUGUUAGUUUGUGUGCUUUAAAAAAGGUGCUAGUAGGUGUAUUUUCUUACCUUGAAAACAGAGCCAGGCUAGCUGUUAAUAUUAGAGUGGUAUCCCUCUUUUCAUCCAACGCCUGGCAGAAGAGCAAAUAACCAUAUUUCCCCAUAAUGUUAACCUAUUCCUUUAAGCUUUAAAUCCACACAAAGUGUCACCUGGGCCUCUGGGAACCUUUGAUGGGCAUUUUUCACUAUUUCUUGAAACUUUAUAGAUUGAACAAUAAACACAUUAAUUUAAAUAAAUCAGUACAUUAAUUGUUAAAGAAAAUUGUCGUGGCCAUAAUCACAAGGCUGCCAGUCAGAAAGUAGUGCCUGUGAGGAUAGCUAGCCUUUGUUAAAUCAGCCUAGUUGUUAAGCUGAAGGUCCUUGCUGUCUGCAGAUGCCUUUUACAGCUUUAUGAUGACAGUUUUCAACCUGGGCGUCCAGAGAUGAUAUAUAGGAUUACAAACAAUAUCCUCCACUGCACUAACUUAUUGUCUCAUGUAUCUGCUUCCAAAUUGUUUUACGAUGCUAAUUUGUCUGCAAUGCUUUAUCAUUUUCAGCUGCUCUGCUUCCUCUGAUGUUCACUCUCUUUAGUUGAACUGUUGAGGUUUCACUCAUGAGAAGGCAUCGCUUUGUUUUAAGGGUACACAAGCCAGAAAGGAUGAGAAUUGCUGUUUUCUAGCCAGUCUCCCCGUUGCAUGAUAAUGGAAAGUAGAAUUAGCUGAUUUUUCUUUCACCCUUGCCAGUGGAGCUUGAAAUAUUUUGCAUCUGUUUGUUACAAUGAGCAUUCUGUUCCUCAGUGAUUGAUUCCCCAUUUUAUUUGCACAGUUAGUUUAUUUAACUUGGACUACCCUGGAGGGUUUACCUUAUCAAGGCAAUUGCAAAUGUACUGAAAUAAACUUUGAAAACAUUCCUGUGAUUUCCCAAACUUUUAAGCAAUCAUUAUGUAGCAACCCCCAUCUUUAUGGCACCCCACGGAGUAACACUAUCACAAUAAAUGUAGAUUCUGUCUGACUAACGUCUGUCACUGUUGGGAUGGGUUUUACCUGCAUGUAGUUGUCUCUUCACCCGGUCUUGUGUUUCCACACACCGUCAAAACGUCAGGACUCUUUAAAUAAUUUAAGCUCUGUUGGCAAGAAACAGCCUCUCACACCAACUUGAGGCUUCUUAAAUUGUAACUUACAUGUUGAAUUUUGUAGCAACGGGGAGAUGUGCCUUGUCAGCUGUUCAAGGAAAUUUCAGUGAUUGCUGUACUCAGUUUUAAAUCAAUCAAUCAAUCAUCCUGUAAAGAAAAUUGAAGUAGAUUUUAACAACUUUAAUGUCUUUAAUCAAAUUUUUCUAAAAAGGAUUAAGGGGAAAACAUCCAGUGGGGUGAGAUGAUUUCACUUAGAUUUGUAUUUAUAACUAAUUAAUUUCUUCACCUCAUGCUUUUACAAAAAUAAAGCUUUAAAGACUGAAUGACAGAGUUGUUAAAAAUAUAAAUACAAGAGCAUUUGAGUUAAUCUGGCGCCACUGACAGUUUUCCUUUCAGGCGUCCCCAUUAUGAAGAAACAAGCAGAAAAUUGGUUUUAGAUCAGUGAAGUCGUCAGUAAAGUACAAACUUUAUUGUCAGAAUGUAUAUAAAUGAUGAGCCAAAUUUUGACUUGCUGGAAUUUUUUUUUUUUUUUUAAUGAUUUCAAAGUGGCUGUCAACAACUUCUGAGAUUUACAGGAAGUGACUUAAUUGGUGUCCAACACUUCCUGUACUGAUUUUUUUUUUAUAUGUAUAUUGAUUAAAAUGAUUUCUCUGUAAAA